AGCCUGACACCUUUGCCCCGGAAGAAGUUUUCUGGCCCUUUAACCAGACCAAAAGUAUAGCUUACUGCUAGCUACCAUGGCGCUUGAUGUAAAAAUCAGAGCGAAACGAUACGAGAAACUGGAUUUUCUCGGAGAGGGUCAGUUUGCCACAGUCUACAAAGCCAGAGACAAACUGACAGACACAAUAGUUGCCAUCAAAAAGAUAAAAGUUGGUCACAAAACUGAAGCUAAAGAUGGUGUAAAUCGGACUGCUCUCAGGGAAAUCAAACUGCUACAGGAGCUGCAUCAUCCAAAUAUCAUUGGGCUGUUGGAUGCAUUUGGACAUAAAUCAAACAUCAGCCUGGUGUUUGAUUUUAUGGAAACAGACCUGGAGGUUAUCAUCAAAGACACAAGCCUAGUCUUGACUCCAGCCAAUAUUAAAGCCUACAUCCUCAUGACAUUACAAGGAUUAGAGUACAUGCACCAACAUUGGGUCCUACAUAGGGAUUUGAAGCCCAACAAUCUGCUGCUAGACAGUAACGGAGUGUUGAAGUUGGCUGAUUUUGGAUUGGCCAAAGCUUUUGGAAGCCCCAACAGAAUCUACACUCAUCAAGUUGUUACCAGGUGGUACCGCUCCCCUGAACUCCUGUUUGGUGCCAAGAUGUAUGGAGUGGGUGUUGACAUGUGGGCUGUGGGCUGCAUCUUGGCUGAGUUGUUACUUCGGAUACCAUUCCUCGCUGGAGACUCUGAUCUUGACCAGCUGACCAAAAUCUUUGAGGCCUUAGGAACACCCACAGAAGAAACAUGGCCCGGAAUGACAAGUCUACCAGACUAUGUGUCCUUUAAGAUAUUUCCUGGCACACCUCUCGAGCACAUUUUUAGUGCAGCUGGUGACGAUUUACUUGAGCUCCUACAGGGCCUGUUUACCUUCAGCCCUUCAACAAGAACCACAGCUACACAGGCUCUAAAGAUGAAAUACUUCAGUAAUCGGCCGGGUCCAACUCCUGGUCCCCAACUCCCCCAACCUAACUGCUCAGCCGAGGCUUUGAGAGAGAACGAAACAGCUGGGCUCAAGAGGAAAAUAGAAGGCUUGGAAACAAGUGAUCAGAAUUUACUAACUUUUACAUUUUAUGUUUAUUUAUUUAGCUGACACUUUUAUCCAAAGCAACAUACAAUUUAUAACCUAUAGGGCAUGUUGUGAUGUGUGGGGGAAACCGGAGUACCCGGAGGAAACCCACGCGUGCACGGGGAGAACAUGCAACUCCACGCAGAAAGGCCGCAGCCGAGUUUCGAACUUGCAACCUUCUUGCUGCAAGGCAACAGUGUUAACACCUGCGCCACCAUGCAGCCCAAGACGUUUUCUUGGCUAAAUUUAACUUUAAUUCAAUAAAAAUCCAAUAACCUUUUUGUUUUUGCAUCUAUAACAAACUAAAUCUAGUCCAGGUUAUUUUUGGUUAACUUGUUUAUACAGUUUGAGCAGCAAGAACAGGAAGUGUUUGUUGAACGAGGUUUAAAUCCCUGUCAGAAAUAGAUCUGAGGAGCAUGUUGUGAAUCUCUACUUAAUAAUCUGUUCUCCUGGUUUGCUUCUGAAGUCAUAAAUCUACACUGAACCCAGCAAUUCAGUGGGUGUUGGCUGCUUUUAACACUCAAGUUAGAAAUUCAGAUUAUAUUUGGGCAGAGCAUGCUCUCAGUUUAGUGAGUGGUGGGAAUGUAUGUUUGAGUAAAGUAGAGCCUGUGUGUGUGUUAGUGGGAGGUUCAAAGCUGUUCCAGCCCCUCCUUUGGUUUGUGGGUUUGACUCUUGUGUUCUGUCCCACAGCGUCGUAGAAAGCUCUACAUGAGAUUUACCAGAGAUGGCUUUUGUACAGAUUACUUAUGUUUGUGUUCUGCAUUUAAAAACAGAGUUCUAGUUACUGUAGUCUUUAAAAAAAUGUUUUCAGUAACCUUGUACUUUUUUUUCAGCUGUAAUGAAGAAAAAACUAGUUUUCUGAACAGAUGGAAAACCGAGGAAAACUACUCCAUCCAAGAUGCAGGAAUGUCCGCUGGAAUAAAAAGGUCCAAAUCGAACGAAGGCUGAGCCCAGAUGUGGCUAACUUAAGAACUUUGUAGAAAUAGAUAUUUAGUGUCAAGGAGCUUCUUUGUCAAUGCUUAAACUCUGACAGCCAGCUGAAAUAUUUAUAUUUGUCAUUUAAUGAGGAUAAAAACAACCAAACUAUCAAGUGUCUUCAAGAAGCAUUUUUAUUUUUUUAUGUUAUACCAAUAAAUGGUGUGAAUGCAA